AUGGACUCGGAAACAUUUGAAGAGCUUUUGGGCAUCGUGGCGCCAUUAAUAGCAAAACAAAAUACAUGUAUGCGAGAUGCAAUAACACCCAACAUGCGCUUAUCAUCAACAUUAAGGUAUUUGGCGACUGGAGAAAAGUUUGAAGAUCUGAAGUUUUUAACUGUAAUUUCUCCACGAUCCCUGGGAGUGAUUGUUAUAGAAACUUGUGAGGCUAUUAUUUCAUGUCUUUCAAAUGCUAUUAAGGUGCCGCAGUCUGAAAUUGAAUGGAAAGCUAUAGCCGAUGGAUUUGAAGAAAUUUGGAACUUCCCAAAUUGCCUUGGAGCGAUCGAUGGCAAACAUAUUGCCAUCAAAAGACCACCCAACUCUGGCGCACUAUACUACAAUUAUAAAAAAUUUUAUAGCAUUGUUCUCAUGGCUACUGUGAAUGCAAACUAUGAGUUCAUAGUAGCGGAUGUUGGCACAAAUGGUCGUGUAUCAGAUGGUGGUGUCAUAAAAAAUACGGAAUUUGGGAAAGCUAUCUACAACAAAACUUUACCACUACCUGGUCCAUCGCAGUUGCCGAAAAGCGAUAAAGUACUGCCGUACGUUUUUGUUGCUGACAAUGCUUUCCAAAUGCAGGGACAUUUAAUUAAACCAUAUCCUGGGACAAACCUAACAAACACACAAAGAAUUUUCAACUAUAGAUUAAGUAGAGCACGCAGAAUUGUUGAGAAUGUUUUUGGAAUUUUAGUGUCACGAUUCGGAGUUCUACAAACGACUAUUCAGUUGGCCCCAGAAAAGGCUCAAAUAAUAGUGCUGGCUUGCUGCUAUUUGCACAAUUUUUUACGUAAGAAAAAGUCGUAUUCAUUCAGCCACUUAAUUGACCAAGAAGAUGAAAACUCUGGAAGUAUAGCUCAAGGAGCAUGGCGAAGGGAAUCACAUCUUAAUGUAUUGGAAAGUGCACAUUUAAGAAACUCUUCGAACAAAGCGAAAGAAAUUCGGAACAAUUUUGCAGAGUACUUUAUAAAUGAAGGAGCUGUUUCCUGGCAACAAAAGUACUUACGUUAA